CGCUCGCCAGGUGCCUGCCAGUGCCUGUGAAACGCCGCUGGUGCUGCCGAUCCCAUUUGGCUGGUUUCCAUGUUGUAAAUGCAACGUCUCAAAGGUCUGAGGGGUUCCCGAUGCACCGAAGAUAUCAAGACCCACAAUAAACGUUAGCAAAUGGGGUUGCUGCCUCCUUUUUCUUCCAUGGCAACGCUGUUAACUUUUCUGCCAGCUUCAGGCUGCUCUCCUCCCCUUUGGAACAAAAUAACCUUGUUGCUAAAGGCUGAAGUCUCCCCCUAACCGCACCAUUUCACCAGGCGGUGCUCGUCCCUGUCAGCCGCAGGGUUUUGUCAGGGCCACCGCAGAGCCGCGUCCCCACGAGCUGCAUCGCCCAGCACGCGGGCGGCAGAGGAACGGAUGGCUGGGUGCUUUGGGGCAGGAGAUGGGACAAGCGGUGCCUUGUGACUGCCAUGCAGCAGGUUUGGUUCAGGGAGAUGGAAAACAUAGGGCUGGAAAUGGGAUUUGAGGGAAGGAAGCCUUGGAAGUUCUCCAGAGGCCAUUGGCACGGGGGGACAGUGUGAGCGAACAGCGAGAUUGCUGAAAGGGGACCACAAAGUGUCCAGAAAUGUCUGAUGCUGAGUUAUAAGGUAUAGAUGGAGAUGGCCAGUCUAUCAGAGCCCUCUAUGAAGAUCCACGUGUGUUUUUCUUUGCUCGGUUGCCUUAUUUCUAAGCACUUUAUGGCUUUUCACUGUAGUAUUGAAGUCUCUCCAAGUUAAUAAGUAAACGUGCUUUGUUAUAUUUCACUUACUGCCCUCAGAAGUGGCAAGAGAAGACUGGAGGUUUCUUCCCUCCGCUCCCACCCCUGGGACACGUGUCAGCCCUGAGGAGAGCUGGGCUGGGGGAAAAGGGAGAGCCUAAGUGAAGGGCUUUGCAUUCCGCCCCAAUGCAGCGUGGUCUGCACUCAUCUGUGUCUCACUGGGCAGUAUGGUCCCUUACGUGAGUCUGCCUCCCGUGAAGGUGUCACCUAACCCAGACGUCUGUGUUCGACAGAGGUUUUUAUUAACGACUGCGCGGGAUGCGUCAUUCCCGUACAAGAACUUUGGUCCUUAGAGGGGGAGGAGGAGCCGGAUCCUGCACGCAGAAGUGGCACCCGCAGCCGCGGAGCCCUGAUGAGCCACCCCACCUUGGCAGCCUGCAUGGCAGAGAGGUCCAGCUGGAUGAAGAUGAGACGCCAUAAGCUCUUUCUGACUCUCUGCAUGGCUGGUCUCUGCCUCAUCUCCUUCUUGCACUUCCUCAAGGCCCUUUCCUAUGUCACCUUCCCCCGGGAGCUAGCUUCACUUAGUCCCAACCUCGUCUCCAGCUUCUUUUGGAACAAUGCACCUGUCACACCUCAGGUUAGCCCUGAGCCAGGGGGUGCAGAGUUCCUCCGCACACCCCUGUACUCCCACUCCCCCUUGCUCCAGCCCCUACCUCCCAGCAGAGCCAGCGAAGAGCUGCACAGAGUUGAGUUUGUGCUCCCAGAAGAUACAACAGAAUAUUUUGUCCGUACCAAAGCUGGUGGCGUUUGCUUUAAACCAGGCACCAAGGUGUUGGAGAAGCCACCCGUGGGAGGGCGGCCAGAGGAGCGAGCAGAUGGCGCUGCCUCGGGGCGCCCCGCUCGCAAGCCGCUAAGUGCCAGCGGGGCCAAGCGGCGCAAGUGGGUAGAGUGUGUGUGCUUGCCAGGCUGGCAUGGCCCAAGCUGUGGGGUCCCCACUGUAGUCCAGUACUCCAACCUGCCCACCAAGGACCGCCUCGUGCCACGUGAGAUCCCCCGGCGGGUCAUCAACGCUAUCAAUGUCAAUCAUGAGUUUGACCUGCUGGAUGUCCGCUUCCACGAGCUGGGAGACGUGGUGGACGCCUUUGUGGUAUGUGAGUCGAACUUCACGGCCUAUGGUGAGCCACGGCCCCUCAAGUUCCGCGAGAUGCUCCUCAAUGGCUCCUUCGACUACAUCCGCCACAAGGUGCUCUACGUCUUCCUGGACCAUUUUCCCCCCGGUGGCCGCCAGGACGGCUGGAUUGCUGAUGAUUACCUGCGCACCUUUCUCACCCGGGAUGGUGUCUCUCGCCUCCGCAACCUACGCCCGGAUGAUGUCUUCAUCAUCGAUGAUGCCGAUGAGAUCCCAGCCCGCGAUGGUGUCCUCUUCCUCAAGCUCUAUGACGGCUGGACAGAGCCUUUUGCCUUUCACAUGCGGAAGUCACUCUACGGCUUCUUCUGGAAGCAACCAGGUACCUUGGAGGUGGUUUCAGGCUGCACCAUGGGAAUGCUACAGGCUGUGUAUGCCACCGAUGGGAUCCGUCUGCGGCGCCGUGAGUAUUACACCAUGCCUGGCUUCCGGCAGUAUGAGAACAGCACAGGACACAUCCUGGUGCAGUGGUCGCUGGGCAGCCCCCUCCACUUUGCUGGCUGGCACUGCUCCUGGUGUUUCACACCGGAGGGGAUCUACUUCAAGCUGGUAUCAGCCCAGAAUGGGGACUUCCCCCGCUGGGGUGACUAUGAGGAUAAACGAGACCUCAAUUAUAUUCGAGAGCUGAUCCGGACUGGUGGCUGGUUUGAUGGUUCUACGCAGGAGUAUCCACCCGCUGACCCCAAGGAGCAGAUGUACGCUCCCAAAUACCUGCUGAAGAACUACCAACGAUUCCACUACUUGUUGGAGAACCCCUACCGAAGAGCAGAAGGGCCUGGGUGAGGCCACUGGGACUUGCACAGGAAAUUGGAACUUUACAACAAAGGGAGAGUCGUGUGUUUUGUUAGUUCUUUUCUUUUUUUUGUUUUCUUUGAUUCCAGGUGGGGUGUACCAUUUCUCGGCAGUCUCUGCCGUCCCUUUCUUCUCUUCUUCCCUUCCUCCCAGGGUGAUGCUUGGGGGCAAGAACUCCUGAGUCGCAUAAAGGGAGGCCUGGGCAGGGGAAGAAGAGAAGCUGGGGACCUACUCUGGGAGUAGCAUAAAGACUUUCCUGCAUCUCCUAAACCUGUCCUGCUGGCUGGAGAGAAUCUUUGCAGCCAGCUAGUGGGUUUUCCUCUGUGGGAGACUGGUAGGAUCCCAUGGGGAGAGAGGGCAGCUGUUCCCGUCCACCCUCGUCCUUUGUGGAUCGGAGCAAGCACAGAUGUGAGCCUGGACUAUUCAGUGAGCGUGUGAGUCAGCAGGCACAAAACAAUGUGAGUGGCCAUGCGUGCAGAUGUGUGUCACAGGCAUUUUUUGGAUGUGUGAAUGUGCAAAAGCAUCUAAGUAUGCGUUUAUUUUUUGUAUACCUCUAUAUUCAAAGAGUGUUUUGGGGACGAUAACUCCUUUGCUUUCAAGGUGUUCUCCCCAACACAUAGCCUCCUCCCACAGACUUAACACAUCUAUCCUGGGCCAGAACUUGGCCUAAUGCGCUGUCAGUCCUGGAGCAGGCAGAUAGGGGAAGUGGAGGAGAAAGCUGGGGUUUUUUUACUUCUUUUUCACCCCUGCCCCCACAACACUGCACUGGCUUGGCCCAUAGAACCUGAAGCAUCUUUCUUGCAGGACAUGAUUUCUGCAGGGCUGGGAUAAGCUGCAGGGGACUUAAUCAGAUGGUGGGAAUGUAUGUUUACAAGUGCAUGGUUUCCUAUGUGCAUGAGUGCUAACAUGCAUGGUUUUGGUAUGCACGUGGGCGUUUGUUACCAGUACUGGGUGGGGGGAAGGGAACGUAGUUGGGCUUGGGUGCCUGUGUAUCCAUAGAGGCCAAAACAUGGUGGGAUCUGGAAGCUAUGAUCUCCAUCUAGGCAUGGAUUACGUUUCAGGGAAUGCAUAGGAGAAAGCAUUGGCUCCACAUACCGGUGCUACACACAUGGGAUGGUUGCAUGCUGGCUCUGGCCGUGUGCAACCCUGUAGGCUGGGCCUAUUGCUGCUUACAGAGGGGGUAGAACACAUGUGCUGGCUAUUCCUUCUUGCCAUGAGGUAAACUGGAGGAAAAAGGAGAAAGGCAAAGCCUCGAGUCAGCCAAUGGGUGUUGUGGGGAGACACAAAACAUGCCAAGGUGUAGGACCCAUCUGUCUGCUCUUGGGAUGUGAGGGAGCUCAUGGAGAAAGGGCCCAUAAGCAGGAUUCCCCUGGGACCAAGAGGCUGUUUUAAGAUGACCAGGCAAUCCAGAGAGGAUGUGCAGCCCACACUUGCAGCCUGGGCCAUGCAGAUGAGAUCAUGCAGAGGAGAGGGAAACAGGGAUGAAACUAGUUGCAGCUGGUUGGUGAGUGUCUACUCAGAAUUCACCAGCAAUGGAUAGUCAGGAUCUGGCUUGUCCGUGUCUCAGAUUUAAUCAGUUCAUUGAGGAGGCAGCUCUCUGCUUCCACCCUUACCUCUCUUCCUUAGCAAGCAAAUGGCUUGACAGGGUGCCUGGAGGCCAGACUGUAGCGGGCAGAGCAUGAAAAACAUGGUGAGCUUGCUCUGUUAGCUUUACAGUGGAAAGACUGGGUCAUGUUCCAAACAGAGACGUGAGGAUCAUGCAGAGGAGGAGGAGGAAAAUAUUGGCCAUAAGGAAGAGCAACCCAGACAUCAGGCCAGCUGUGCUGAAGCAGGAGGGUUUCCAUUGCUGUUAACUCACGCCAUCAGGGCUCCAUAUUCUUCUGUUGUCCAGCGCAUUCUCUCCCUCAUGCCUCAUUCCCAUUUCUGUAUCUCUCUCUCUGUCCUUCCUAUUCCCCUCUCCAGAGAAUUGAAAAACAACAACAAAAAUAACUUGGUUCCCUAAUAAGACCGAGUCAGGAACUAGAGGUACAGAAUCAAGAUGAACACCUUUGUUGUUGUUCAAACUGCGAUCGAGUUUGUUUUAGCACCUUCCACAUCUCACGUGCAAUGACAGCUGAUUAAAAGAACUAAAGGACCCUUUUUCUUUCCUUUUUUUUUUUUUUUUUAAAUCACUGUUCUCACUUCUGCUGCAUGCCCUCCACAGGCAGAAAAGCCCCUUUGGGAAGUGAGCAGAGGGUCCUAUAGCCAGAACGCUCUUUCCCCAAAGAGAAGCUGUGGCUCUUCUGUGGCUCUUCUUCCCCUUCCCAUGCAUGAGCUUCCGUGGGGAUUUUUAGCAUGCUACAAGUCAUAUUUUCGUUGCUGGGCUAUGGCCCUUGCCUCUUAGGAGUUUCAGUUGAGCCCACAGCUGCAAUAUCUGGAUCUCCUGCACAGACUCCUCCCUUAUUUGUUCCAUAGUUCUCUUCUUCCCCCUCUGAGUUCCUUCUCCCUUCUCCUACCCACCUGGGCAAGAAGAAAAGGUCCCACUGGAGCUGGGUAAGAACAGAGCCAGGAGUCUUCUACAUGACUGCCUGGCACUGUGUCCCUCCUGGACUUUCCCACUUUCUUAUUCUUAGGAAAUUAAAUUUAAAACAGGCUUCUGUUGUGGGAGAGGGAAGGGACUUUACAGAUGAAGUACUUUUUUUUUUUUUUUCCCUCAAGAAUCAUUUAAACAUCCUUUGGUUAAGGCCAAACCAGUCGGUUUCUGUUGUCUAAUUUGUCUGGCUAACCCUAUGUUUAUUUUCCUUAGGGAAUUAGAGUACUUGUCAUUAAAAAUCUUUCUUGUCCCUUGGAGGGUGAAGACGUGCAAGCUGACUUUUGCACAUUGAUUUCCCAAGGUGGUGGCUUGCCCUCUGUCCAGCCUUUGUAUGCACUGCUUAGCCAAGGACCUCGAUGGUCUGUGCUCAGAGGGGAGGCAGCAAAGUCAGAAUCAUCCUCCACAGGAGGGAAUCCAGAGCGGGUGGGUGCAUGGGGUGGUGAGAGAUGCAAAGGAGGGAGGCAGGUUUGUAUCGGACCCUGAUCCUCAUUUCCCUGUGCCGAACUCUUUUGGCGUGAGCGUUGAGGCCCUUUGAUCAUGUCUGAACCAGGCACUGAGGUUUGAGAAGGGAAGGAAUAAAAAGCCUGUACCUGCCUCCAGGAUGGGCCUGGGAUCAGAUCUCAAGAGCCUGCCGCGGGUUGGGUUUUUCAGCUACAAGCUGCUCAGCCAAGCGCUGGCUGCCUCUCCUAGAGCGAGGCAUCCAGUGGAGGGGUGGGCAGGCUGGUGUUAGCAGAGGGCUGUCAGCCUUUCCCUGCAGUCCUGUUCAGCUUGACAGCUCUGUGCUGUUUGUACCCAGGAAUCUUUUCACCUUCAAAUUAAGUGGUGCAAGGGAGGGCUGGAGAGCAGGAGCAGCAGCAUAUGGCAUCCCUGCACUGCACGCUCUUCUGUUGCUCUGCCUGCCUCAUCUCACCUGCCUUUCCAGCUGCUGAGGCUCUUCCUUUCCUCUCCACCAAGAAGGGUUGUAUGUCUGUGCAUGGGCAGGAUAUGGGACCUGCAUUGGUGGACCUGCAGCGGGUGAGUUUGCUAAAGCAGGGGGGGAGAGGGAGGUUCUCUGCCUUUGUCUCUCCAGGGGACUGGGGGUAAUGUGGUGCCCAAAACGUGCUGGACAGAAAAGAGGAGGUGGCUUUGUGCCUGUGUGGUUGGUACGAAGGACAACAUGCUCAAGUCCACUCUUGCUGUUGCUUUCUCUGAUUCCUGUGUCCUGCUGAGGUGCUUUGUGUCGUGCAGCUCAGACUGUCCCGUUCGUUGUGCCUCUGUGGUGAGUAAACGAAGGGGACCUUGCGGCCUCCAGGUGACGCAUGAUUUGGAGGGGAAAGAGGGUCAGAACAGAACAGGUAUCAAUUUUUUCCUGGUUAUUCUCUUUCGGUGUGUCCUUGUGGGAUAAUAUUGUCUUUUCCCCUCCCAAAACCACCCCAGGCUGUGUCCUCAUUUCCCUGCUCCUGCCAGCAAUCUCUGUGGCUGCUAUGCCUCUGCACUGUGAAGACACUAGUCCAGGGUCAGCCCUGGUCUUGUUAGUGAGCACUGGUGGUUAAGAGAGAAGGAAAGGCUCAUUCUGGCUUCAUGGACCUCAAACCUUGGUGAGAAAGGAGGGAAGAGACUGGGAGACUGGGUCCUGAAUCCCUCCAUCCCCCACACCUCCAGACCCUCUUAAUAUGGAAACCAAGGGGGAGGUGGAGGUAAGAGGGUGGCAGGAGGGGCUCAGAUCCAGCAUCGAGAAGGGAGAGGUGUUUCUAAUGCAAUACACUGACAGUUAAGGCUUUGGGGACUACACAUAAUGGCUUAAGAAGGGAUCUGAAAUACUCUGAAACUAAGCAUUCAAACCACUGUUUUCUUCCUGUGAGGAUGAUGAUGCAGUAUCAUCCUGGGGGUGGUCCAGAAGCACUUCCUAGACUAGGGUCCGCCUGGUCUCGCUAGUAGUGUUGCUCCUGGGGUGACCCCAAAACACCCUGUUUUGGCAAAAGAAUGCGUGGACUUGCCAAAAAAAAAAAAAAAAAAGAAAAGGGAAAAAAAAAAGAAAGAAAGUGGCUGCAAAGCUCCUUUCAACUCUGUAAUUUAUAAACAGCAAGUAAUAAUGAAUUUUUUGUAAGGAUAAAUCAAAUGUACAUUCUGAAAUCAUUUUCUCUGUAAAUGGUUGGAUUUCAUUUCACCCUUAAAGGGAUGCUUAAAAGGAGGAGAAUAAUAAUAAUAAAAAUAAAAAAAAAUUACAAAGGAUGAAAGGAAACCAG